AUGGAUAUAGACAGGCUGGCUGCGAAUGCCGUCAACAUUAAGGCCAAGUCCAAGAGCAAGCGUGACUUCCGGCGAAUACCGAAGGAACCUCGGACCUCGAAAUUAUGGGCCUCCGAGUUCCCAGUUGGACGGUGGAUGAUUGAUCGUUCGACUCAUCUGGCCCACUUGCCAGUCCCGAGGUCGCCACCUGUCCUUAGUCAUUUCGUCAAGCAAAAGCGACUCCCGAAAUUCGACUCCCGAAUUCUCAACUCCCCACUUAUCAAAAUCCAAACUCAAUAUGCUCCAUACUCGGCUCUCGCAUGUUUGCGAUACCUGCAAGGCACGCAAGGUCAAGUGUCAUAG